CGGCCGGACAUGCCUGGCUGCAGACACGGACUGGGCGAUGCUGGUUACAGACACAGGCUGGGAGAUACUGGCUCCAGACCCAGGCCGGGCGAGACUGGGUGCAGACCCAGGGGGGCCAAGACUGGGUGCAGACGCCACACGGUCAAGCAUGGCGGUUGACGACUGCCUGGGUAGCAAUGGAAGAGUUCUCGAUCACAUUGGAAGUAAUCAGCAAGCACAGUGUCAUCCCAGAAUUGCCUUUACAACCUGCAUUUCAAGCAAUCCAGAAGUUCAAGAGCUUGCCUGAUUUCCUGAUGCUCCCGGCAUUUCUUGCAUUGAGGCACCAAGACCUCUCUACCCCUGUCCUACCAAAUGGACAUUCUCCACCAAACAUAGAGAUCGUCCAUGCUAUGAAGGCCUUCUCGAGUUUCGCAAAUGAAGUACGGGAACAAAGUCAAUCAGCCUCCGGCGCUCUCAAGUAUGCGUGUCAAUACUGGACCGUCCAUCUUUCUCGAGCUCAGAAUCGAUGGGACGAGAGGCUCCCUCGUAUAUUCAAGUCUUUCUGGGAUCGCCAUCUCCUCUCGUGGCUCGAACGGCAGUGGUGUUUGAAAGAUCUGCGGUCUUGCCUCGCUAUUCUAUCCGAAGGGGAGAAACUUGCAAAAGAACAUGUCCCCCAUGUUGGAUUUCGGUGAUUGAAGUUUACCGGCGCCGAGCUCGACACUUAGUAAUACUCAGUAAACCGGCACAUUUCAUAUGUUUUCGUUAAAGUAUAUAAAGACUAGCUACAGUUUUAGUACGCUAUGGGUUUCUCUCCGUUUUCACUGUGCCGGAACUGGCGCAUAAUACAAUACCCCAAGAACCAGGAUCAUAAUUUCAGUUACGAAUCUGAAACUGUCGGCUUCAUGCAAGAUGUCAUGAAGGAACGGGGAGACUUCUUCCUAUGGUCGUUUCCAAGGUCAUUGAGCCGCAUAACGUGUUAUCGAGCUGCAGACUCUGUCCGUGACCUCCAUUUUUCAAUCAUCACAAUUUAAAUUCUCGCUUGACACCGGUACCGAAGCUUGAAGCACUUGUCGUUGACGGUCGUAAAUUAGACAUGUUUGCUUAUGUAAUGGG